AUGGGCAAAAAAUCAAAGUCUUCAUCCAAGACGGAGGAGAAGACCAGCAAGUCCGCUGGCACUCUUCCCUUCGGUGGUGCAUCUCUGGACCCAACAUUGUCCUCGCUUUUUGCGCAAAGUGCUGGUCCUGUGCAAGCCCCCGUGAUCAAGUACGCUGAGCCCACCCAACGGGCGAAAAAGGACGAAGAUGAUGAAGAAGAGGAGGAGGAAUCAUCUGCGUCAGGCGAUGAAGUAAUGGAGGAUGCUGCCGAAGGAAGCGAUUCUGAGGCCGCAGAGGAAGAAGAACAACCUACCGACACACAGAACCGGAAACGCAAGCGUGGCAGUGCCGGCGAGGAUGUCGAGGAGACAUAUAUGCGUCGCAUUGCAAAGGAGGAGAAGAAAGACGAGGAAAAGAGGAAGUCCGAGCAAGCAAAGCGCCAAAAGCAGACCGAACAAGAAGGUAGCGAGGAUGACGAAGGCGAGGAAGGCGAGGACUCCGACAAAGCAUCCGGAUCAGAAGACAGCGAUGAAGAGGAGACCGCCCCUGCACCUGUGCACGAGAGCUUGACUGGUUCCGCCAAGACUGAUGAAGUUGAGAAGUCUAACCGCACUGUCUUCCUGGGCAAUGUCUCUACGGAGGCUAUCAGGUCCAAGACCGCCAAGAAGACACUUCUCAGGCACCUGGCCUCUUUCUGCUCGACGCUUCCUGAAUCUACGGGCCCGCACAAGAUCGAGUCUAUCCGUUUCCGCUCUGUUGCAUUCGCCAGUGGUGGUGGCAUUCCCAAGCGUGCUUCCUUCGCGAAGCGCGAGAUUCUCGAUGAGACCACACCCAGCACCAACGCAUACGCUGUCUACACCACUCUCCACGCCGCACGCAAGGCCCCCGCCGCCUUGAACGGCACCAUGGUUUUGGAGCGUCAUUUGCGAGUUGACAGCCUUGCUCACCCCGCAGAAAUUGACCACAAGCGCUGUGUCUUUGUCGGCAACCUGUCUUUUAUUGACAGUGAGACACCCGAAGAGGACGAGAAGACUGGUAAGAAGAAGAAGGUUCGCGCUCCCGCCGAUAUUGAGGAGGGUCUCUGGCGGAUUUUCAACGCCCACACUGGAGGCAAGGACAAGAAGGCCAUCAAGAAGAACGUCGAGUUCGUGCGCGUGAUUCGCGACAGCACCACUCGUGUUGGCAAGGGAUUUGCUUAUGUCCAGUUCUACGAUGGCAAUGGUGUUGAGGAGUCGCUUCCGCUCAAUGGAAAGAACUUCCCGCCCAUGCUCCCCCGCAAGCUGCGUGUCACUCGCGCCCGCAAGAUCGCUAAGAAGCGCGAACCCACCGGUCCUGAGACCAAGAAGUCUCGUGUAGACGAGGCCCAGAAGACUAUGCAAGGACGUGCCAACAGGCUACUGGGCCGAGCGGGUGCGGCUAAGGUGAAGGCCGAUGCUAGCAGUACCAUUGCCGGCAACUCUUUCGUGUUUGAGGGUCACCGCGCCACUGAAGGAUCAUCAUCCAUCAGGAUGAAGCAAAAGAGCCGUGGCUCGAAGGCCAAGCGAGAAAGCAGAAGCAGCAAGCGGGCUGCCGCAUACAAAGCUAAUGGUGGCAGACGGGGCUGA